GCGUCGAUGAAGAUGGGCUUCGGCAUCGGCAGCAACGUGACAAUCGUCAAAACCCUGCCUGUCGUUAUGCUGACUCUGGUACUAUUUGCGUGCUAUCUUUCGGGGAUUUUGCGCUUUUCAUCCGAGGAAAACACUCCGUCUGUCGCACGGAUCCAUAGCCAUAGCGUGCCGAUCGACCUUGUUGAGCAACGCAUGAAGGAGGCUGUUGCGCAGGGCCUGAAGGUUGCAGCAGCCUCUGGAUGCCCGCGCUUGUUCAAUUCCGCUGGGCAUUUGACUUCGAACCAACACGCUCGACUGAACGCGCUUAAUGCCUCCGUGCAGUCCUCGGCCGGUGCCAAUGUCUGUCAGCCUGAGUUGGUCAGUUACUUGAUUAGCACAAUCAACGGCCCACAAAAUGAGCGACCGCAGCUGUCGUUCGAUCAGCUGAUGUGGAUUGCUGUCACAGUAGCGGCAUCGGGAGCGUCGAUAUUGAAUGCGCCGAGUUGUAUGGAGGGUGGGGGAGGAGGAGGAGGGUGCAGCCACAACUUCCUUGUGUGGGGAAUGGGAAGAGACAGCCAUGUUUGGAUGAACGCCAACUGCAUUCCCGAGGCAGCGAAAGCAGGCGGCAAGAUUCGAACGCGAACAGUCUUCCUUGAGAACUACGAAAGCUGGUUCAAUAUGAUCAGAAGCAAAUUUCCGACAAUGGAGGGGUACCUGAUAAAGUAUAAAUGGACCUUGGGGAGAGCGCAAUUUUUCUUUCAGAAUCCGUACAUCAUGGACGUUCCAGACACAAUGAAAGACACGUGCUUCAGCGUUGUCUUGGUUGAUGGUCCGCAGGGUUUUAAGAGAGAUCAUCCUGGCCGGAUGGAGGCUGCGUAUUGGUCUGUGAGCAUGGCGAAGCGUUGCCUGACGGAGAUGAAGCUCGAUGUUGUAAACAUCUUUCUCCACGAUGUUGGAAGAUCUGUCGAAAAAGAGAUAAUGAAGAUUUUCUUCUAUCCCAAUUCUCAAAUCCUGGGCUUCGUCGCAGGCAGCGCUGGUGAGCUGGCGGGUUUCCGAUUCACGCGCUCCAGUCUGCAGGAUGAGGGGAAUGUGCAGCCUACAGAGUGAGACGGACUCGAUCUGUCAAGUUAGAUAGCCGAUAGCCAAUAACCGAUCUCCUGAACGGUAUAAAAACCGUAUACUAUCAUGUCAUCAUUUCUGUGAAUUGGCAGAGCCGCAGAGGAAGAAAGUGCUGACAAGUCUGUGCCGCAUUGAUUUGGACGAAGUCGGCGGUUUGGGUAAUCAACGAUAAAUGGUCAUUGGUUUG